AAUUAAUUAAUUUAAUUUUCUUAAUGACAAUCUGUAAUUUUUUUUGUAUUCCUUCUAUGUUUACUAAUUUUAUCUAGUCGAAUGCUAGCAGGUUGAAACUUUUUUUUUUACAAUUUUUACAACUCCAAAACAAAAAAUGCAAAAAAUAUUUGUCAGUCUUAAUCGCCUCUGUUAACAAUUUUUUUCCCUAUACAUUUCAUAGUUUUGCUGGUAAGAGGGAUGAGAUUAUUAACUCAAAGGUUGCAUUCCCAACGAUCCUGUAAAUCAUCACCAUGAAUUUAUUUCCAAGCAAGUGGUUACAGUGAAACAUUGAUAUGACAUAAAAUGUCUGGUCUCAUACCACCCAUGGUAUCUUCUUCCCCACCUCCGUUAGAUGACAACCUCGACGAUGAAGAGGAGGAUGAAUUCGGUGACUUUGCUGCAGCAGACUUGUCAUAUGGGCAUGAAGGUUGUGAAGUUGUUUCAGGCGAGGUGACGGUGGCUCCCAAGGCGGGGGAUGUGGAAGCCCCGGCCGCAGAGCCUCGGCUCUGCAACGGAGACAACACGAGCCAGGACUCGGUGAUGUCCGGUGCGACGGACUCCGGGCUGUGCAGUGCCAGCGAGGAAGGUGGCGAUAAGGAGAGAGACGUGGUGGGGGGGCCGAGCAUGCGUGUGCCCUCACCGUGCCUCAGUCCCGACAGCAGGACACGCCUCUCGCCUCCGGCAGAUGUGGACUACGGCACUGAAGAAAGCAUUCCGUGUAAAGAGGAGUCGGAGGUGUCGAGCACGUUGCCUUUUGGUGUGUCAAAUACUUGUAGGGAAUAUAUGGUGUCUUCGUCCAGUGUACACUCAACAGCUGAUUUUGAAAACAGCAGUGUUGUGCCUGUUGAAAAUAGUGGAAUGGAAACAGAGGAUUAUUCAAAAUUCCCACCUGUUUGUGAACAGACACCAUCUGUUUUACUAACAGAUACCCAUGUUAUUGAAGGUACAGUUACCACCUGUCAUGUGCAGGACACUGAAGCUGACAAUAGUCAGGAAUUAUCUGUUGAUAGAUGGACUGGUGAAAUGCAUAACAAUGAUGAAUUUGGUAGUUUCACAGAGUUUUCUAACGUAAGAGAUCAGUUUAGUUCUGCGAGUUGUGAAACAUCACCAACUAAUGUUUUAGAACCUGUUGGGUUGGUAAGUGUAAGUAAUGACUCUGUGCCUCAUGUUGAAGACGAAUUUGUAGAUUUACAAAGUGUGAAUGUGCUUAGUUCUAAAAAUUUUAGUGAAACGUUGGUAGCAGACUUAAAACACACUUCAGUUGUUAAACAGCAUUGUAAUGAAUCUACUUGCUUAGGAAGUGCGCCUGAGAUAGCAAAAACAAAACCAAAUGAUGAGAUGUGGGAUGAGUUUAAUGGGUUUACGAGUGCUCCAAAAAGCUGUGAUGAUGGUUUUGAGGCUGAGUUUGCAGAUUUCUCGGCAGCGACUGCUAUUGAAAAGCAGCAAACAAAUUCAGGGGACUGGGCAGAUGUUUCUGUUCAGCAGAGUGUUGCUCCCACCAUCAGCAUAAGUACAACAGAAGAUGAUUUUGAAGACUUUAAAAGUAUUGCGUGUGCAAAACCUGUGCCUCAAGACUACACCUUGUUGCUGGAGGGCGCAGUGUCGAGCCUGUUCCCUGCAGUGGAGGACGGGAACCCGUGUCCCGCAGACCCGGCUGCGCUGAAGCAGAGCCGGGUGUGGGAGCAGCUUCGCGACCUCGAGACGAGCCACGCCUUGCUGUACCAGUGGUCGGGAUCUGCCGGCAACAAGCUACUGCUCUCUGCGCUCGGCAUCGACGCCCGCAACAUCCAGUUGUUUGGUCCUCGCUGGAAUGUCUCGGUGCCGAGGUUCGCCGCUAACCUGGGGCUGAGCCCGCUGGAGCCAGUCAGGGCCAGUAACACAGUCAGCACAGCCUCCCCGGGUAUGCCUCAGGCCGCAGAGAGCAAAACAGAGGAUGUACCGGCAGCACAGUUCGAUUGGAAUGGCUCUGGACUAGUGAACCCCCUGGACUCUGCACAGUCGACACUGCUUGACCUCGACUUUCUCAACACCUUCGAUAACUUAAGCUCGUACACCUGUGCCCCCGCCGCUGCCUGGAGGCUCCAGCCGCCCAGGCCGCGGAAGACGGAGCCGGCGACGCGGCGACGCAACCCGCUGGUUCUCAGCGCGGAGGCGCUCUCGGUGCUGGAGACCCUCCCCGACCUGUCGUUCAUGCGGGCGCGCCUGCUCGCGUUCCCGCUCCACGGCGGCGACGCGCCCGGCCCAGACGCCUUCUGAGGCUCAGUGUCACUUGCCCAUGUCAUCACUGCGGCGCAAUGCCAUUCCUUCAUUUCCUGCUGUCCGCUCUAGUCUCUUGAAGAAUAGAAAUGAUGGUAACGAUUUUGUUUCGUGUAUAGAGGAUGGAUGUAUUUUCUCCACCAGUGUCAAAACACAUGAAGUGGUUGUGAUUUUAGAUAUAAGUUUUAACAAAAAAAAAAUGUUGUGGUGGGUGUCUUUAUCAUUAUAGUUGGUAUUGGUAUUACCAUAGUUACUUCUGUUUUCCAUUCUAAAAAUUUAUGUAAAUCAAUUUUUUUUUUGUUUGUGUGUCAACCAUGAGAGAUUUUGUAUAACUAGUCACCUGAAUUAUGUAUAUAAGUAUUAUUUUUGAAGUGUUUCAGAGUAUUUAUUUAUUAUGCAUAAUUAUCUGCACACUGCACUUGUAACCUUUGAUGUAAGUAAAAUGCUGACUACCUUAAACAAACUACUACUCUAAAUACGUUAAAAAUCUUGUGAGUACAGUCAACAUUAGGAUUCCUGCUUUGUUAUAAGACUGAAAUCAUUUUGGCUGAAGUGAAGUGAAAGAUUUAAACCAUAUUUUUAGUUCUGCUAUUGAAAGUUAACAUAGUGUGUACCUAAGAAAAACAUACUGACUUGUAUUUUUGCUACUAAAUUAUCCAUGCAAUUUUGAAAUUAUGCAUGAAUAUUUUAACGAAACUGAGAAAUUUGACUUUGACAGGUUAUAACCAACCAUUUUUCUCCUGCAAGUGUGUUUCACAUAUGUGUAUGCUGACAAAGAGAUAGAUAUUGUGACUCAUCAGUGCAGUUAUAAUUUUGUAAUGCUGGUUACUUUUUAUUGUUUUUUGUCUAAUAAUAUAUAAUAUGCAGCUGUCCGGCAAAAUUUUUCUCUUAAAAUUUUUACUGUUUACUGUUUUUAUGAAAUAUGUAAUUCACUUAACUAAACUAGAAGAUGAAUUGUAUUUGCAAGUCUACAGUAAGGUUCUAUUUAUAUGACAUACUCUAAGGAAUAAAGAAACUGAAAUUUUUUUGGUUGUUGGUAAUACAUUUUCUGUAAAAUAUUUUUUUUAAAUUUGUUUUAAUUGGCUUUUUUUUAUUUUUUUGGACAAUAUAUUUGUCAUGAAAGUGGGGUAGGGGGGAAGGGGCUGACUUGAUUAUCUAAAUUCUAUUUACAAAAAAUAUUUUAGCAAUUUAACAGUCAAAAAUUCUCUCCUUGAACUUGUCUUGACUUCAGUUAUUUCUCGGGACUAUUUAAUCUUUGUUUCCGUAGACAUAAUGCUUUGGUGGUACUAUUUAUAGUUUUGUACAAUUUAAUGUCAUCAGCACUUAUAAUUCAUUUAUUUAUGUAUUAAAGAGAAGUGGAGAUAAUUACUUAAUUUUUCUUCUAAGAAUUAUAGUCUGCAACAGUUGAUUGAGGGGGUAAAUAAACAGUACCAAUCAUAAAUUUUUUUAGUGUUGAUAAUUCUAAUAUCUACCCAUAUAGCUUCAAAUUUAUGGUGAUCAAAUUCAUUUUUCUGGACUGAAUGUGGAAAAAUUUGAGAGUGGAUAGCUAUGAGGACUCCCCCACCCUGAGUGCAAGAGGUAUUAAGAUUAACAUAAUCUCUAUCUCUGUGAAAUACAAAACAUUUUUUUUCUGGAAAAUAAUGGGAGUUUAAACAAUGAUUAUUUAGUCACUUUACAGUUAAUCAUAUAAUAGGAUAAUUUACUGAAUUUAUGUUUUCAUAAAAAGAGAUUGUUUUAGUCCGAAGACCUCUUUCAUUUUGGUAAUAAAUAUGAAUAUCAUCCUCGACUUGCAGCAAUUUAUUUCAAUCAUUUAAUUGCAGGCAUUUCUGAUUGCCUCAGUAGGUUGAACCAAAGUGUUAUCAUCAGUUUUAUUUCUCUCCACGCUGACAUCAGGAGUGAAUAAUUGGUGGUUUUGUAGGCGCCGGUAGAAAGGACUAAUAAGGCAACCAGAGGGCUAGAAAAUAGUGUUAUAAAUCCGAUCAUAAUCUGUCUCUGCAACAACCACAUAGAAGUAAGAAUAAGAGUCGUAUUUAGUUUUUAGUUUAACAACCUUGAGGUUUGAUAUCUUUAGUUCGGAGUUAACGUAGGAUAUUAUUUCAUUCUCAUGAACAUCAGGGGCAAAUCUGGAAACAAAGAUAGCUAUCAUGCGUGGUUGAACUGGCUUGGCUAUUGUUCUGAGGUUCACAUUGUCGCGGACUUCAAACUGUACUUUACUUUUUGCCGUCACUUGCUUACUUACAGUUGAAGGUUUCUGCUUGAGCGGGGUAUGUCGCCUGUGCAUAGUUGUGAAGCCGUCUGUGUCAGCAGACGGCGGUGCAGCAGUUUCCUUACUGGCACUGACGCUCGGUUGACACUUGCUGACUGUCUUGCUGCAUCGUUAUGUGGCUGCUUUAGCCCAGGUUCCGUGUGCCAUGUGUGGCCAUUGGUCUGUGCAAAAAUGCCGAGGGGUAUUUUGUCCAUCCUUCAUAACUUGGCUGUAGGAUUUAUUAUUAUGAGGAAAAUGCCCGUUUGCUGUAAUUGAUGCACAAUGAGCGCAGUAAUGAGUAUCAUUUAAAGAUGUUAUCAUGGUUCUUCCAGGUUCUUUAUUUGGUCAGUAACACAUCUAUUUAUCUGCCAAUAUUAGAAACGCAGAUUUAACACUCUCAUCUGGACUAUUUUCAGUGAGGUUAGCCGUCUUUUCGUACAGCUUGAUAGUUUCUGCUUGAGAGUUGUUUGCACUACUGUCACAUGUUCAGAAUCUUGCUUGCUCAAUGUCAGAGUGAAAGACUCUUUUUAUUCUUCGUUGGUGAUCGAAACAUAGUCGCUGUAUUAGUACACCUUACACAUAAAUAUGAUCCCUCCUUAGUAAUCAAAUUACUUUUUUUAACUACACACCUCUCAUGAAUACGUGCAUCAUAGUCACUUGAACAAAAGAAAUUUCUGUACCAAAAAAGGCCUUACUUCAUACUAAACAUAUGUCCUCACUUUGCUCUAUUACACAAAUGAGGUCAAAUACAAAAUGAAAGCUGUCACCAAAAGCCCCUUUGCAAGGGAGCGCUCACAAUAAACAUCCGCAUUCAAGAAGAGCUCGUACUGUUUUACAUAAUGUCCUAAUUGUUCAGUUUCCUUAAAGAAUCCACCGCAUCAGCAAUGGUUUUCAUAUGAGCUGCAUCAUUUUAUAUUGUGAACACUUGUUUCAUUACAUGAAACACGAGUAAAUACUAGAAUUUUAUUCAGUGGUGAUAUUUUUAAUAAAUACCAUGCAUUUAUGUUGAAAGAACAGUAUUUCGAAAUUGCAUGGAUUUUUAGUAAAUUUAUGGUAUAUGAUGUUUCAGUUUAGGUAUUUUUUAUUGUCAAUGAGAUAGGAAUGUGCGAAGUUUAGAAAAAUUUAAGGUAAAUUUAAGAUUAGUUUUUUUUUUUUACUUGAGGUGAUUAAAAAUUAUAUUUUAACUGUCAACUCUCUAAUAAUACAUGUCUGUUAAACAGCACACAACAUAUGGGGGGGGGGGGGGGAAGUUGACAGUUUUGAGGCCUCAAUUCAGUUUGUUGAGAAGUAAAACAAAACAUUUAUGAGAUUUAUUUUAAACAUCAUCUUUAGAUAAUAAUUUUCGUUUUCUGUUAUAUUUAUUCAACAGUUUACAGAGUAUAAACACACCAUGAAAACUCAUUUGUAAGUUGUGCUACCGCAGUACUAUGAAAAUAGUGUAGAUACACUGAAAAACAUUUGUAAAUAGCAGUUUCCUAUAAUUUUUUUUUAAAUUUAGUUCAGUGUAUACUUUUUUCCUCGAACUGUUUUGUUGUUCUAUUAGUAUAAAUUUAGUGUGUAGUGUGCAGGAUUUUCUGAUAAAACAUCUGCUAAGUUGCUCAAAGUUGUAGUUGAAAAAUUAUCCUAAUUUAGCAAGAAUUUUGGUCAUCUUUAACUUUGUAUUUGGGAAAGACUUAGAUCUUCGGCUUCAACAUGAUUCAAAUUAAAAAAAAAAAAGAUCUUCGCACACCCCUACAUUGAGAAUUAUUUUUGACUUUACAAUUUGUUAAUGAAUGUUUAUAUGAUAAUUUGGUUUCAAAACUGUAAUGGACAUAUCUAGUGCUGGGCCUGUGCUGACAAUAGUCAAAGUUAAAAGUAGAAUAUUAAUAUAAGUAUUUAAUAAUGAAUAGUAUUAGAUAUUUAGAUACUUGUUCCUGUUACCAGUUUCAACUUAAUUUUGAGCAUAUGCACAUCUGUUGAAAGUUGAAAUCAAAUAUAAAUGAGAGAGAGCUUAUGAACCUCUCUAGUGUUUUCAGGCAGAGGUAUCUUCCUUGAUAUUAAUAUUCUCUGUGGAGGGGUGAGAUGCCGCCAACCACUCUGGGAGCUCCGUGUCAGCACCCAGUACCACGUUCCUGACACACAUUCGUAUGUUCAUUGACCAACCUACCAAUGGUUGAAGUCUUUGGUGCAGGCCAAUAUCUGUAAGUAGAAGUACAUUUCUAAAUAUGAGUUUGAAUUCUUUUGUUGACAUUUUACAGGUGCAAAAAUUUUAUAAAUGUUUUUGCACUUGGUGAGAUUAAUAUGCUAUCAUAAAGUUUUACACUUGUUCAAUUUUAAUUUCUUUGUAAGAAGUUAUUGAACAUAUAAAUCCUGACUUUCAGAGCCGUGUUAGAUUAAACUUUAUGUCAAUUCUUAACACAUUGUAUAUAAAAAAAAAUGUUGGUGGUUAACUGUAUCAUGUUUAGUAUCUGUAGCAUCAGUAUUGAAGGCAUCUGCAGUAUCAGCCCAGCAUUAUGCCAAACCAGAUUUUUCCUUUUGUAAUCAUGUGAUUUUUAGAGGAAAAUCUAACUGGUCAUUAUAUCCCAUUGGAGUUUUUCCAGAUGAAUACAUGAUCCACAUGUUACACCAUAAAAUAGUAAAAUGAUUUUGUAAAUAAAUGUAGUUUUGUUGCAUACAUUAAAAUGUGGUGACACCUUGCUGGGUGCAAGAAAAUAAAUCUUGCAAUUAUUUUAUCUACAGUUUCUUUUGUAAGAACUUUUAAGACAAUUAGUUGUGUCUGUAAUUUAAUGGUCCAGAUAGUAUUAUAACUUCACAUUGAAGAAAAAAAUUGUGAGAGUUGUUCCAAAACAACACAAUCUUUAUGUCCUCUCGAUAAGUAUUGAUAUGAACUGUACUUAAAAUCUUUAAAGUGAGUGUGCAUUUUGUUUUUGUUUUGUAGCCUGCUGUUUUUCUUAAAUAGGGCAUGCAAGCACAUCAUUUUUUUUUAUAUUUAUUAGUUUUGAGUUUGAAAAUUAAGUGGACUGCAAACUACUGUGAAAUGCAAAAUAUUCUAUCCAUUCAAGAAAACUCUUUGCAGUGACGUACUGUACACAUGUCUUUCAAAUGAAUACCUGUAAGUAUGUAUUAGCUUUUAAACUUUUGUAGCUAAAAUGAUUCCGAGCUCAUUUUGGUUUAUUAUUUUGGUUACUGGUAUUCAAAAUAUUUUCUAUAACCGUCAAAAGUGUUUUUUUUCAGUUGGAAUAAGUAUGUAGCUUCAUGUGAUGUACUGUGUAACAGGCUGUAUUGACUUUGGAGGACAUUUUUACUUCCCUGAUAUUAUAUUCUACCUUUAAAAUUAUUUUCAGUUAGUUACUUGGAAAAAAGUCAAGGUUUUUCUGUGUUCAGUUUAGAAAGAGAUUUGAAAAUUUAUUUUAUUUUGCAUAUUUUACUAGGAGUCUGGGAAGUCAGAGACAAAGAUACCAGUAACAUGAAAUACAAAAAAAGUAUCAGUAUAAAAAUUCUUGGGAUUCAUGUCUAAACUUUUUUCCACUGUAUUAUUUUGAUAUAGUUAUAAUCAGGUGUUACUUUUGGAAUAUUUAACCACCUGCACCUGAAUUGUCCAGUGUAAGCCCAACAAGAAGCAAAGUUAAGUUAAUUUAUUUUCUGGCUAUGGGAGAUAUCAUUACGAAUUUUUAAUCUGUGUAGAAUAUGCAAAAUAAAUAAAACGCAGGAUUAUUAGAGUUGUGCCGGUUGUAACGUUCUUUGUUUGAUUGGUAUGCCAUAGCAUUGAAGUGAGAAUGUGUUGAACAUUUUUAUGAUGUUCUUAUAUGUAUCUUGUUUAGUGUUUAUAAUCAAUUAGAUUGUGCAUAAAGUUGUUUGAAAAAGUGAAA